AUGAGAGUCGCGAAAGUAGACAUCUGGAGCAUGCUGGGGCCUGAGGAACCGGAGCUAGAGGAGAUGGAGCCGGGCGACGAACCACACUGGAUGACUGUUAGCCGUUAUCGCAUUCACUGGGACGAACGAUGGUCUGGCUACCACGGCUCAUUUGAGGACACCACCGCGCCAUCACCUACCUCGCCCGCAACCACGGCGCUCGAGCGCCUCGUCACACCACCCCGCGCACUUGUCGCCGUCGAGCCGGCCAAGCAGGAGCCUAGCACGCCCCGCGGCGCCGAGCCCCGUCCCCGCGCACCCGCCGUCGCGACGCCGCGUCCACGACCUCGCCAUGCUGUGGUCGCCAACGCCUCCGUCUCCGUCCACGCCGAGCAGGAGGUCCGCGCCCUCGCCGCGCCGAGCCCCGACCCCGCGACGCCGUCGUCCGCAAGCCGCCACCGCGCCGUGGAAGCUGCGUCCAUGCCGGCCGUGGUGACCGCGACCCCGACCCCGAUGUCGGUCUGCGCCACCACGACGACGCCGUGCUCGUGCCCCGUCGACCUCGUCCCCGGAGCGCGUCCUCGUCAACAACACCAGCGCCGAGCCAUCCACGACGCCGAGCAGCAGCAACGUCGGCCGCGACCCCGAGCAGGAGCCCCGCACGCCACGACGGCCGACCACUGCAGGAAUGUCGCGGCAUGACCACGGGCACGCUGAGCCCGUCCUCCACCAGCUGCCACCCCACGUUUGUGAUGUCGCCCAGAGCAUCACCACUAUGCCGGAGCAGAGGCUUCGCCAUACCAUUUUGCUAGGCUGCGACGUUUCCUAGGUCUUGCUGCCAUGCCAUGGCCAACUUCGGCCUCCAACAGCAAGCCACAGCGGUCCAGGACACGCUGCAGCUAGCCAAGUGCACCUGGGCGCUCUGCGACAAGCCUCGCCUACCCCGCCAUCGUCAAGGUCGACCUUUUUGCACUUAGUUGACGCCCUCCGUGACGUCGGCAAAACCCUUGCCCUUCAUUCUUGUAUCUUGUAUAUACUUGUUAGUUAUCAUCUUUAUCCAUCUAUCUAUACUUGUCGAUACAUGAAUUAUUUAUUCUAUGCCUGUGCCGAGCCUUCGCGCCGGUCUACUCUAUUUAUCUCUUGUGCUAUGGAAAUGUGCUACUCCGAGUUGUCAUCGUGUCUUUAUGUUGUCAGUGGUCGAGUCGUGAUUCUUGUGUGUUUGUCGUUGUCUGUGGACCGUGCCGUCGAGCCGGUUGAGAGAGUGAUAUGUUUGAAUGUUGCGAUCGCGAGUUUGUCUCGCCAUGGCCGUAAUGCCAAGCAUGUCCCUCCUCU